ACAAGCAGGCGCCGUCGCGAAUGUACCAUCUCCAGGCGGCGCCGGGAACCUGUGUUUGCCCCGAAGCAGCCAUGAGCAAGAGGAACCAGGUUUCGUACGUGCGGCCAGCCGAGCCGGCGUUCCUGGCCCGCUUCAAGGAACGUGUCGGCUACAGGGAAGGGCCCACUGUGGAAACCAAGAGAACCCAGCUUCAGCUCCCAGAUGAAGAUGGUGAUCACAGUGACAAAGAAGAUGAACAGCCCCAAGUGGUGGUUUUAAAAAAAGGAGACCUGUCAGUUGAAGAAGUCAUGAAAAUUAAAGCAGAAAUAAAAGCUGCCAAAGCAGAUGAAGAACCAGCUGCAGUUGAUGGAAGAAUCAUGUAUCGGAAACCAGUCAAGCGUUCAUCAGAUGAAAAAUACUCAGGUUUAACAGCAAGCUCAAAAAAGAGGAAGGCAAAGGAAGAUGAAAUAAAUAAUCAGGACUCAGUUAAAAAGAACUCACAAAAGCAAAUAAAAAACAGUUCCCUCCUUUCUUUUGACAAUGAAGAUGAAAUUGCAUAAGUGUAAAUAUUUUGGACUUAGUCUUCAAGAGCUUAUGGGGUGUUUUUUAAAGUGACAUUUUUUUUUCUAUUUAAAGAUAAUAAAGGUUCAUUAUAGAAAGUUCAGAGAAUUCAGAAAAAAUUUAGUAUGAUAAAAAUUUUGUCUAUCAAUGCUUCUUUGACAUGAUUCUAACUUUGUAGAUAAUAGCUACUAUUAACAUUUUGGAACUCCCACAUGUGGGGUAUGUAUGUAUGUAAAUUAUAUUUUUUAAACAAAAUUAAGAUUACAUUGUAUAUGUUUUCUCUCCUGCUUCUCACAUGACAUUAUAGUGUGAGCAUUUUUCCAGAUCAGUAAUUCAGAAACUUAACGUAAUUGCUACAGAGGAUUUUGUCAUUAAACAGAGCACCUAUUGAAUCUUCUACAUUAGCAGAAGCUCACUUUGAAUGAGGAUGAUAAUGUGCCUAGUUAAGAAUAGUUCCCCAGCUCCUGCUAAAGGUAGCCAUAUAACAGCUCCGGCAAUUUUAGAGAUAAAAGUGGAACUUGUACAAGUGAGGAUCUAAUACAAAUGAUCUUGAUAGAAAUAAGGAUCUAAUGUAUAA